AUUAAAAAUGAAAAUUCUCAGAACGCUACUUCUUCAGAUAACAGGAUAUCUUUCAAUUUGUGGUGUUGACAGCUGUAACAUACCAACAUACAUCGCAGAUACUGUUUCUGGAGUGAUAGACACCACCAAAAUCAUGGUGAGAGGAAGAUGUCGAUGGAAGAUUCCUGCAAUUUCAAAUCCUGAGUGUCUUCACGUUGUCUACAUUCCGUCAUAUAAUUUUUACAACAAUAUCACAUGUACUGCUGAUAUUUACAUAAACUCUGAUAACAGACUAUUACCGUGCAAAUCCGAUGAACCCGUGUGUCAUAUCUUUAAACGCUCAAUAUCGUCUAUAAAUUUUGCACAUUUGAAGCAGAAGAUAAAACCUCGUCGCUGUGCAAUCUGGAGAAUUGAAGAGACUUCUCUGAAUACAAUUACGUUUAGGAAGUUCAGUAAAUUCAACGGAAAUGAAAUAAAUAUUACAUACCAAAGUAUACCACCACCAUACCCUACCACAAAUUCAGCUACUCAGACUUCAACCCUAAAUGUUGCAAACACAAAAAGUACAAUUCGAGUGUCAACGUUCUCAAAAACUACUGACAUAUACAAAGACGAUAACAAUACCGAAGUGACAUAUUCAAACGAGAGAUACUGUGCAUGUACUGGAUAUCACAUUGCAGUCACCUUGAUUAUUCUUCUGCUAGUGGCAACGGUAGUAAUUUUUGCACUUUUCGUAUACAGAAAAAAAGAUUUGUUCCUAACUCGUCAUCCAAGGAUACGAGGAUCUUUUUUUCAAGCCGAGGCCGUCGACGACGAAGUUGAGAGUACGGACGCAAAGGAUAUUUUUGAUCCAACCACCAUCAAAAAGAAGCCAAGUCGUUUUUCAUUAUCCAGCAAACGUCGAAACGUGAGUGUCAAAAAGACGCCUGUUGAAAAUCAACGAAUAAAUGGAAGUUAGCAUGGACAUGUGUCGCUAAAUAAAAAGCAGCUCAACAAUAUCUAAAAUGAAUAACAUAUUUUUUUACAUUAAUUUUACCACAGACUGAUUUGAACGUUAUCUCAAGUUCUCGAUAAAUUUGAAUAUUCUUACUUCAGUGCAGGAAAUUUUCUUUCGAGCCUACCGUUCUUUCGUUGUUAUGUCAAUUCUAUGCAGUUUUGCAGAAUGAAAUAUUUGUUAAUUCUUCAAAAAUGUGUGAAUGUACAAAUAAAUUUAAAAUAAAAAUAUAUAUAUGUGUGUG